AUGGAGAUCCAGUCGUCUGGCCGUCCCAUCGAGGGGCUGAUGGAGAAGGUGCUGUCCGUGAACAUCCUGUCCUCGGACUACUUCAAGGAGCUCUUCAAGUACAAGACCUACCACGAGGUGGUCGACGAGAUCUACAACCAGGUGGACCACGUCGAGCCCUGGAUGACCGGCAACUGCCGCGGGCCCUCCUCCGCCUUCUGCCUCCUCUACAAGUUCUUCACCAUGAAGCUCACCGUCAACCAGAUGCACGGGCUGCUCAAGCACCAGGACUCCCCCUACAUCAGAGCUAUUGGAUUCCUCUACCUGCGAUAUGUUGCAGAACCGAAGACGCUGUGGACUUGGUACGAACCCUAUAUCAAGGAUGACGAGGAGUUUGCCCCUGGAUCAAAUGGUAAAUUGACUACAAUGGGCGUUUAUGUGCGUGAUCUCCUCCUUGGUCAGUAUUAUUUCGACAGUCUUCUUCCACGAGUGCCUCUCCCAAUUCUCCGACAGGUCACUAGCCAUCUUGAGAAGCUGAAGCUUCCAACAAAGCAGUCAGGAAUGACUGGGGAUUCCAAUAGGCUUGAAUCAAAUGAUACUGCCAGAAGGCCUCCUUCCGUAAAGGCUUCUUUGUCUGUCUCUUUUGGUCAGCGUGCUCCACACCGUGCAUCCACAAGGGAUUCUUCCCCAGUCCGAAGAACAUUACCUUCCAAACAGGACAAGGAAAGAAGUUAUGAUGGUGACCAUGCAAAAUCGCCACCAAGGAAGCGCAGAAGUCAGAGCUCUGAGUGCCAUCAUGACUCUGAGAGGGACCGUUCAGAUCGUGAUCGUGGCAGGUACAAGGAUAGGGAGCAUGAUCGUUAUGCUCGUGAUCACAGAGACCGGGAUCAUCAUCGGCAGAGUUAUUCAGAUAGGGAUGACGAAAGGCGAGGCCGCGAAAAGAGGGACAGGGCUUCUGACCGCAAUAGACAUUCAAGCUCCCGCAGGAGCAGGAGCAGGAGUCCAGGCCGUGGCAGAACUGACGGUGACAAGCAUCGCUCCAGCCCAUUUGGUAGGGCACCAGAAUCAUCCAACCUGGCAAAGCUAAAGGAUUUAUACGGUGAUGCAACAAGCACAAAGAAUGAUGCUGGCGAUGAUAGAGCUCACAGGGAUUCUGGAACGGAAGAGGCUAGGAGCAGAGAGGAUAGUAGAGCAGAGCGUGGUCCCCUGAAAGAAAAAGAUGGUGUACUAUUUUUACCAUCUCUGACUGGAGAGCCUUGA